AUGGAAAAAUGUCAUAACGAAUGGGAAAAUUUUAAAAUUUCAUUGAGUGAAUUUGUAUAUGUUAAUCAAUACCAAAAAUCUAGAAGAAUUUUUUGGAAAUUUUUUAUUUCAUGGAAAGAAGCUAUCGAUCAUUGUUUUCGUUCACGAUUCCAAAAUUUUCUAAUAUUACUAUCAAUUUAUUUGAUAUCACCACUUAAUUCAGCUGAAUGCGAACGUGGUUAUUUAAUUGCAAAUAAAAUCCAGACAAAUGGGCGUUCACAAAUCAUGAUCGAAACACUUGAUGUAUUAAUGAACGUGCGAUUACUUUUUCCUGAUGAUUUAAGAAGUACUCGUUGUCAAGAAUUUAUUGAGAAAUCUUAUAAUACAUGGAAUGGUAAUGAUGAAAAUCGUCGAAUUAAUAGAAUAAAAUUGUUGAUUGAUGUACCAGAUGAUUAUACACCAUCAAAACAGGCUCGUCUCCGUCCUGGUAAACAAAAGAGACCACUUUCAACAACACAACAACAGCUGGUACAAAACAAAAACAAAAAAACAAAAACUGACGCUUUAAAAUGUGCUAACCGUUGUGGGCAACGUAUUGCUGGAGGUGAUUCAUCGGAAAUGCAUGCCAUUCAAUGUUGCUAUCAAAAUGAAUUCUACGAUUGGAUCGAAUAUAAUUGUUCAAGAUGCCCAGGUCAAUGA